ACCCGGCGCUCGCCACAGCUGCUCUCCAACUGCUAUUUAAAAAAGGAAAAAGGAUGAAACCUCCACUCCUGACUCCUCAAACCCCCCAAGCACCAAACAUUCAGUAGCCGCUGUAGCUGUUGCCAACCCGGCAUAAAUGCCUACAGAACCCGGGCAGGACCGGACAGAAUCGCCCGCGGAUUAUUCCCGUCGCUCCACGGGAGGGAUUUAUGGUGGUGUCGCGCAGCAGACCGGUGGGAGAUCGCGCUCAUUCCGCACAACGGUUUAUCCGAUGCAUGAGACGACGGCACGCGCUCUCGGGCAGCGACGCAGUCACGCAGAUUAACGGAUCAGGAUUUUGACUGCCGGGACAAAUGAAUACAAAUGAAUUUAGCGACCCGAAGGAGAGUCCGCAGAACCUCUCGUCUGGUGGCAAAGAGAGCUCUUCUUCUGUGUAUUCUACUUUACUGUACUUCUUUUGGAUUCACCCAAGUACUCUUUGAAGAUGUGGACGUGUUGCAGCGGUUGGCUCUGCGUGCUGAGCUCGGUUCUCGUGCUGUUCCCGCUGGCGUCAUCUCCCUCCGCUCUGGAGUCAUCCUCACGACACGGGUACGAGUUACCACGGCGACACGUUCUGUGUUCCCACCAGAACUCUUCUGGAAUUGCACUCUCGUCCUGAGCGUCCGAUCUCACCGCUUAAACUCAGCAUUUCUCUUCUCCGUCCUAUCUGGGAAUCGGAUUCAACUCGGGCUGGAAAUUUCGCCCGGCAAGCUAACGCUUCACGCCGGCCCUGGGAAUGCCGCGGUCUUUGCGUACAACCUCCACGACGGGCGCUGGCAUCAUCUAGCCUUCGUUUUAAAUGGCCAAUCAGUGACCCUACACUCUCCCUGCUCGGAGAGCGAUGGUGGAGUUACACAGAAACUCCCCGUACUUCCCGAACGCCUGAACCCUCGCGGGACCUUCCGCUUGGGCGGCACCAGCGCUUUGCUUCCGGGUGUGGUACCCUUCGAGGGAGCGGUUUGCCAGUUUGACGUGGUGCCCUCGGCACAAGCACAGCAGAACUACUGCAGCGCCAUCCGCAGGCAGUGCAGAGAAAAUGACACCUACAGGCCAGCGCCUCCCGCUCUACUUCCCCUCCCGUCCAGACACGCCCCACCACUAUUGGCCCACACGUUACCACCUAAUCGCACUUUCACUUUCACUCCCACUAAUUUCCUUUGGACAUCCAUAAAUGGCGCAGGAGGGUCUUCUGCUGUGAGAAUGGGCAACGGUGUACGACCAAAACCCACGUCUACCACACCACCCCUUUCCUUGAUGCAAACAGGACUUGAAGAUCCUUUAUCAUGGGGACAUUUAAAUUCUGUCACCCCCAAACCUACUCUCAGGACACCCAAAAGCCCCAAGCCGACUGCCUCAAAGCUUGGAGCGGUCUGGCUUACCCCUACAAAACCAGCCAGAUCCAGACCCACUCCAGGAAAAACGUCUCCAAAGCUUAGUGCAACAAAGCCUUCCAGACUAAAGCCCACAAUUGCUCGACCUACUUCUUCCAAACCUGGAAGUUCAAAAACAACUGGUGCCAAACCUACGCCACUGAAACCUUCCAAACCAGCAGCUGUAAAACCCACGGUAAAGAAACCAACUCUUACGCCAAAGCCCACCAAUAUCAACCCAACAAAGAAUACUUCUACUGGUGCUCAACCUAUCAAUCCUAACAAGAAACACAAUGCCAUUCUAAAACCUUUGUCCAACCCAGAACCGACCGCCCCCAAAAGACCCUCGCCAACCAACAAAAAGCCACUCCAGCCCAAAACCAGCACCCAACGCUCACCCCAAACCACACUCCCAACCCCAAAAUCUAACCCUACAGCCAAAAAAAGCCUUCCGACACCCAAAUCUGCUCCGUUCACCACCGCUGCACCAAACAAACCACCAAAAACUCUGGAAACCCCCAAAGUCAAUCCUGACAAGCUGAAAACACCUGUGCAUUACGUCACACCGGGCACUCCAAGGUUUUCCGUCCAAUCUGUGACUCUUCCGGCUUUCAACGAUUUCCAGAGCUUCGAGGCGGAGCCCACAUACUUUUCGCUUCUGGUUGGACCGCCGGGACAAAAAGGAGAUCCCGGGAAAAUGGGAAUCCCGGGACCUCCAGGGAAACCAGGGCAGCCAGGGCUGAGAGGACCUCGGGGCCCCCCAGGACCACACGGCAAGCCAGGUCGACCCGGUCCAACAGGGUUGAAGGGGAAGAAAGGAGACCCUGGACUGUCUCCUGGAAAAGCACCAAAAGGAGAAAAAGGAGACGUUGGUCUGUCUGGUCCUGUUGGUUUAGUCGCGCCGGAAGGCCGGAAGGGACAAAAAGGCCAUCCAGGACCACCAGGCCUUCCCGGGGAACCAGGGGAACAAGGUCCUGAUGGAGAAGGUGGAGCCAAAGGCUAUCCUGGCAGGCAGGGUUUACCUGGUCCAAUAGGGCCUGUUGGGCCAAAAGGGGCUCGGGGUUUUAUUGGAAUCCCUGGACUCUUUGGUUUACCUGGAGCUGAUGGUGAAAGAGGUAGUCCUGGUCCACCGGGGAAGAGGGGCAAGAUGGGUAGGCCGGGUUUUCCUGGUGAUUUUGGAGAGAGGGGCCCACCAGGACUGGAUGGGGAGCCAGGUGUUAUAGGAGCUCCUGGUCCUCCUGGUGUCCAUGGAUUGAUUGGUGAUAUGGGCCCUGUCGGGAUUAUCGGUUUGCCGGGACCAAAUGGACUGAAAGGCGUCCCAGGGAACAUGGGCGAGCCCGGACUGAAAGGUGAUAAGGGUGAUGUUGGGCUUCCUGGAGAACAAGGGGAAAUUGGGUUCUCAGGAGACAAGGGUGUGCAGGGUUUGCCAGGCUUACCGGGACCUCGUGGAAAACCAGGACCACAGGGCAAGACAGGAGAAAGAGGGUCCAGUGGAUUACCAGGCCCACCAGGACUCGAGGGUUUCCCUGGUGACAUCGGAAAACCUGGACUCAAUGGACCCGAGGGCCCAAAGGGUAAGCCUGGUGCCAGAGGUUUACCUGGACCUCGUGGAGCGGCUGGACGAGAGGGUGAUGAGGGUCCUGUAGGAUUACCGGGGCCAGUAGGACUCGAGGGUCUGAUGAGCAGUAAGGGUUUCCCUGGGGCUGUUGGACCUGAAGGGGUCAAAGGUGAGCAGGGUGUCACAGGAAAGGCUGGACCCAUGGGUGAGAGGGGUCUCGUUGGCUUCAUCGGCCCUGCAGGGGAGACUGGACUAGCUGGAGAGAAGGGUGAUCGUGGAGAGAUGGGAUUGCCCGGACCUCCAGGAGAGAAAGGAUCCACCGGACACCCAGGAACCCCUGGAGAGAGCGGCCCACCAGGACCACCAGGCAGUCCAGGCCCACCGGGAUCACGUGGACCCAUCGGCAUGAGAGGAGCUAAAGGAAGACGGGGUCCUAGAGGUCCGGACGGUAUGCCAGGCGAACUCGGCGCUGAAGGCAAAAAGGGUCUUGAUGGUCCUCCAGGAAAAAUCGGUUUCCCGGGACAAGCGGGCAAGAUCGGGGAGCCUGGGGAGGCGGGGCCAAAGGGAUUUCCGGGCAUUCAAGGGCCAUCCGGGGCUACAGGAGACAAAGGAAUCGCAGGAGAGCCAGGACCUCCAGGGCCCCCAGGAACACUCGGGCCUCCUGGAAAUCCAGGGCCAAAGGGCCCUGCGGGAAAAGUUGGCGAUCCCGGACUUCCAGGAGAACCUGGAGAAAAGGGGUCACUUGGGCCUGCGGGGAACGCUGGGGCAGCAGGACUAAUCGGAACAAGGGGAGAACCAGGUUUAGAGGGAGAGGCUGGUCCGGCUGGCCCUGAUGGUGCCAAGGGUGAAAAGGGCGACAUGGGCGGAGAGGGUGAGCAGGGUGUCAGAGGUGACCCGGGAAUCAAGGGGAAAGAAGGGCCACCGGGCGACCCUGGGCUUACUGGUGUCAGAGGUCCUGAAGGAAAACCUGGCAAAAAUGGCGAGAGAGGGAAGCCAGGGUUUAAGGGUGCCAAAGGUAACAUCGGCCACCUGGGAGAGACAGGAGCCAUGGGAAAAAUCGGACCAAUCGGAACCACCGGACCAAAGGGCUCUCGAGGAACCAUCGGACAUGUGGGCGCUCCCGGGCGUAUGGGGAUGCAGGGGGAUCCGGGCAUAUCAGGAUAUGAGGGUCACAAGGGACCUCAAGGUCCAGUAGGACCCCCGGGACCAAAGGGUGAAAAGGGUGAACAGGGGGAUGAUGGGAAGGUGGAGGGUCCUACUGGUCCUCCAGGACUCCAAGGUCCAGUUGGAAAGCGAGGAGACAGGGGCGAGCCGGGAGAUCCAGGAUAUGCGGGUCAGCAAGGUGUUGAUGGUUUUCGAGGGAAACCUGGUGCUCCUGGACUACCUGGUGAUCCUGGUCCACGUGGGAUACAAGGCCCUAAAGGAUCCAAAGGAGAACAGGGUCAGAAGGGUAAACAGGGUCAGCAGGGAGAGCGUGGCAGCAGAGGCUCACUGGUAAGAGGACACAACUCUUUCAUUUUAGUAGUAGGUGAGAGGGGCCUUCCUGGUCACACCGGCCCUUCAGGAAAGAGAGGUUUUAAAGGAGGAAUGGGCCUUCCUGGAUCUCAGGGAGACCGGGGUCCUAAAGGCCAACCUGGUGACAUCGGGGAACCCGGCUUUCCAGGGAUGCUGGGAAUGUUUGGACCGAAGGGGCCUCCAGGAGACUUUGGACUGAAGGGUAUUCAGGGGCCCAAAGGGCCGCAGGGCAGCAUGGGUAGAGGGGGUUUAGCUGGACCUGUCGGUGUAAUUGGCCCUAUCGGUAGUCUAGGCCCGAGAGGAGACACUGGCAGCAAAGGAGAGAUGGGUGUUCAGGGACCUCGAGGUGCUCCUGGACCGCGUGGACGUCCUGGACCUCCGGGUCCGCCGCGAAUCCCACUGGCUUUGAAACAGGAUUUUGGUCUUGGAUUGGCCCAGCCAGUUUUUAUGGAGACACACACACAGAAAAUAGAGGGUCGGGGUCUGAUGGACAUGCCCAUGUUGGAUCAGGCUCCAGAGAUCCUGCGGACUCUCCAUUACCUGAGCUCUCUGGUCCACAGCCUGAAGAACCCGCUGGGCACACAAGAUCACCCCGCUCGACUCUGCAAAGACCUGCAAGGCUGCCGGGACACGCUCUACGAUGGCACUUAUUGGAUCGACCCAAACCUGGGCUGCUUCUCAGACUCUAUAGAAGUGACGUGCAAUUUCACCGGCGGCGGACGCACCUGCCUCAGGCCCAUCACCACAGCCAAGCUGGAGUUCAGUGUCGGACGCGUUCAGAUGAACUUCCUGCAGCUGCUGAGCGCCGGAGCGGAGCAACGAAUCACUAUCCACUGCUUGAACGUGACAAUCUGGAGCCACGCCCCCUCUGAGCCUCCGUCCCAGAAUGCAGUUCGGUUCCAGGCGUGGACCGGAGAGACGCUGGAGCCGGAUGUGUUAGGAGACAACUGCUGGCAACUAAACGGGCGCUGGCAACAUGCUGACUUCCUGUUCCGGGUGUCGGACCCCGCCUUACUUCCUGUCGUACGCAUAAGCAACCUACCAAAGACAACGGCCUCAUCGCGCUUUCACGUAGAAGUCAGACCUGUGUGCUUCCUUUAGUGUGUGUGUGAGAUUGUGAGUGUGUGUGCACUCGUCAAACACACACCGGCCCCGCCCACAGCCUGCCCCCUUCAGCAUUCAGCCACUGCUUGGACUGCAGAAACAGAAAGAGGUGGUGUGGGCGGGGCUUUGGGGGAUUUAGCACUAGAGACUCCUACAGUCUAAAGGAAAUCCCGCCUUUACCAGCCACGGAUGUCCAAUCAGAUUUGACUCCUCUAGAAACAAGCCAAUCAUCUCGCAGGGAGGAACACUCAGGACAUCCGGGCCGGAGAAACUGCCACACCCUCUGUCUUUCCCUCUUCGCUUUCUCUC